AUGUCCAAUAGCUCUGAGCGCACCGUGACCACCAUCUCCUCCCCAAAUAAUUCCCCCAACACUUUAACGAGCGCGCAUCAUUUUGUGUCGCUCAAGCUUACCCAUCGGAAUUACUUAUACUGGCGGACUCAGGUGAUCCCGUUCCUCCGGGGUCAAGGUCUGCUGGGCUUCGUAGAUGGUACACGGUCGCAGCCCUCACCAUUCCUAGAGGUCCCCGCCGGCAGCAACUCCAGCGACAACAUCUCCACGACGGAGAAUCCGGCGUAUGCAGCCUGGGUACAGCAGGACGCAUCAAUCCUCUCUCUUUUAAUCUCCUCACUGUCUGAGGAGGUGAUGUAUCUAGCUCUUGGACAAACCACCGCACGUGGUGUUUGGACUGCAGCAGAGACGGCCUUAGGAUCAUCCACGCAGGUUCGGUGUCUCAAUCUGCUUGGGCAGAUCCAAUCCCUUCGCCAAGGAGACAGCUCCACCUCCGAAUAUCUGGGCAGGGCGCAGCAUCUUGUUCAGGAUCUCGCACUUGCCGGGAGAACUCUCACGCCGUCGGAGCAGAAUCUAUACGUCUUUCGCGGUUUAAGGCCAGAAUUCCGGUCAAUGGCGUCCGCAUUGGCGAUCAACGGAACGCCCGUUUCCAUUCCGCAGUUGGCGGAUUUUCUCCAGGCCCAACAAUUCAUCCAUGAGGAUGAUUUCCCGACGCACACAUCGGCAGCAGUGGCCGGGUCUCCGUCGGCGAUGUACGCAUCGCGUGGUGGCGGUGGUCGUCGUCAGCAUGGAGAUGGCGGCCGGCAGUCACGUGGUGGUGGAGGACGCGGCAAUCAACGAGGCGGCAGAGGAGGCCGCGGUCGGUCAGGUGGGGUGCACUGCCAAAUAUGCAGCAAGCAGGGGCACUCCGCCGCAUUUUGCUACCGGCGGUACUCCGAACCGCCGCCGACUGCUCAUGUUGCGUUGCAGGUGGCGGUCCAGCGCCGGCAUCCUCGCCCUCGGUGA